GCCAUUCUGGAAACGUCUAAAGGCACCUGGAGGGUUCCCAAGCCGGUGGCAGGCAAGCUCGGCCUUGCCACUGACUCAGCGUCCCCUCCAACCCGCUGCUGAGUCAGGCCUGCAGUUGGGGUGCCAGGCGGCUGUGCGAGGCUCAGGAGCAACCUGAGCUGGCAAGCCUGCCCUUUGGGCCAGGCUGGAGGUCGAGCGAGAGCUGCGGCCAGGAGCGAGCCGCAGAGGGUGGGUCCUGGCCGCCUGGCGAUCUUCCCGUCCUCCACGGGUGGAGGCGCGGCGAGGGAAGCCUCCCGGUCUGAGGCCACCACACACAGAUUAGAGAGGCUCCUGGAGAGCUCCGGGCUGCGGACCCCAGCCUCAGUUUCCCCUGAGCCCCGCCCGGCGGCGCGAGGGCGGGUGACGUCACGGCGCACAGCAUUGUGGGGCGGGCGCGGCGCCGGCGACGCCAUUUUCGGCGGCGGAGGGUGGCGCGAGGCUGCGGAGCGCGGGUCAGGGUGAGGAUGCUGCGGGGCGGCUGCGGAGGCGCCGCUUGCUGCUGAGGCGGCUGGGCUCUGCGCGGCCUCGGCCUGUGACAGCGCGACGAGCGCGACUCUCCCGAUCGGACGGAUGUAUGACAACAUGUCCACCAUGGUGUACAUAAAGGAAGAGAAGCUGGAGAAGCUCACGCAGGAUGAGAUCAUCUCUAAGACCAAGCAAGUGAUCCAGGGGCUGGAAGCCCUGAAGAAUGAGCACAACUCCAUCCUGCAGAGUUUGCUGGAGACGCUGAAGUGCUUGAAGAAGGAUGACGAGAGCAACCUGGUGGAAGAGAAAUCCAGCAUGAUCCGCAAGUCCCUGGAGAUGCUGGAGCUUGGCCUGAGCGAGGCGCAGGUGAUGAUGGCGCUGUCCAAUCACCUGAAUGCUGUGGAGUCCGAGAAGCAAAAGCUCCGCGCUCAGGUUCGACGGCUGUGCCAGGAGAACCAGUGGCUGCGGGAUGAGCUGGCCAACACGCAGCAGAAGUUGCAGAAGAGCGAGCAGUCGGUGGCGCAGCUGGAGGAGGAGAAGAAACACCUGGAGUUCAUGAACCAGCUGAAGAAGUACGACGACGACAUCUCCCCCUCGGAGGACAAAGACUCUGAUUCUUCCAAAGAGCCGUUGGAUGAUCUCUUCCCAAAUGACGAGGACGAACCAGGACAAGGAAUCCAGCAGCAGCACAGUAGUGCUGCGGCCGCCGCCCAGCAGGGCGGCUACGAGAUCCCUGCAAGGCUGCGCACGCUCCACAACUUGGUGAUCCAGUAUGCUUCACAGGGGCGUUACGAGGUGGCGGUGCCACUCUGCAAGCAGGCCCUGGAGGAUCUGGAGAAGACUUCCGGCCACGACCACCCCGAUGUGGCUACCAUGCUCAACAUCUUGGCCCUGGUGUACAGGGAUCAGAACAAGUAUAAAGAUGCAGCUAACCUCCUGAACGACGCCCUGGCUAUCCGCGAGAAAACCCUGGGCAGAGAUCACCCCGCGGUGGCAGCGACUCUGAACAACCUAGCAGUACUGUACGGUAAGCGAGGGAAGUACAAGGAGGCGGAGCCGCUGUGUAAACGAGCCCUGGAGAUCAGGGAGAAGGUUCUGGGAAAGGAUCAUCCUGAUGUUGCCAAACAGUUAAAUAACCUGGCCCUGCUGUGCCAGAACCAGGGCAAGUACGAGGAGGUGGAGUAUUAUUACCAGAGGGCCCUGGGCAUCUACCAGACGAAGCUGGGGCCCGACGAUCCCAACGUGGCCAAGACCAAGAACAACCUGGCCUCCUGUUAUCUGAAACAAGGGAAGUUCAAGCAGGCAGAAACGCUGUACAAGGAGAUUCUCACCCGCGCACACGAGCGGGAGUUUGGAUCUGUGGACGACGAGAACAAGCCCAUCUGGAUGCACGCUGAAGAGAGAGAGGAGUGCAAAGGCAAGCAGAAGGACGGGUCGGCUUUUGGAGAGUAUGGCGGCUGGUAUAAAGCCUGCAAAGUGGACAGUCCCACCGUCACAACCACCUUGAAAAACCUUGGAGCACUUUACCGACGGCAGGGGAAGUUUGAAGCUGCAGAGACAUUGGAAGAAGCCGCCAUGAGGUCACGUAAGCAGAGAGUGGCUGAAGUGCUAAAUGACCCUGAGAGCAUGGAGAAGCGGAGGAGCCGGGAGAGUCUCAAUAUGGACGUGGUCAAGUACGAGAGUGGCCCUGACGGAGGGGAGGAAGUGAGUAUGAGCGUAGAGUGGAAUGGGGAUGGCACUGGAUCUUUAAAGCGCAGUGGCUCCUUUAGCAAACUCCGGGCUUCCAUUAGACGCAGCAGUGAGAAGCUGGUUAGGAAGCUGAAGGGAGGAAGCUCACGGGACAGUGAGCCGAGGAACCCUGGUCUGAAGCGCGCCAAUUCUCUGGGUGUUCUUAAUGCGGGUGGCAAAGCCACAGAAGAUUGCUUCCAAGAACGAAAUAAUGGUCUGGCAGACUCGAGAACACUGAGCGCCAGCCACACUGACCUAGCCCACUGAGGGCUGGGACUGAACUAGAUAGGAUCCUGAGAGUACGAAACACUGACACCCUUGAAGCCCUGGCAGUUCCUUAGCCUGCCCAGGAGGGAGCUUGUCCUCUUGGUUGUAGUGGACUUUCUGUAGAUGGGGAUGUCCACAGCCUGUAGGCUUUGCUUAAAAGGUGCCUGGCAGCCUCACCCCAGAAUUCUGUUGCUUGAUCUGCAUCUGUGCCUGGGGGCUUCUUCUGGCCAGAGCCAGCAGCACUGUGGCCAGGGUGGCAAGGCAGGCUACAGCUGGUGGCUUAGGUAUGUGUGGAUCAGCUGCUGCGUGUGACUUCUGCCAGCCACGCUUUUGUGACACCUAGAUCUAUUUAGAAUUUAACACUGUGAAAAAGUUAUGAAGUAAGAAUCAGAAGCUUAAAAUACUUCCUUCAGAGCUCACAGUGUCUGUUUAGCCUCAAGUGUAGAGGGAAGAGAAGCCGCAAGGGGAGUUGCUUCCCACGGGGCUCUGUAGACCUCCCCUCUGUCGGGUCAGUGUUGGCGGUGGACGCUGUGCAGUGGUCUAGGGUCUGCUCUCCUGGUGUCUGCUAAGCUUACAGCUUUUUCAUGGGUGGGUUUUGACAGUGUUUCCGAUCAACCUGUGGCAAUUGUGAGACUAACUUUAACUGUGGCCUACGUUAGGGCAGCAGGGGUGGCCUUUGGGUUGCAGGGACUCUGUCUCAGCCUCGCAUCAGUCUGAGGAGCUGCGUGGUUCCCAUCAAACACCAGGGUUUUGGGCUGGUAUUUAAAAUUAAUUCAUUGACCACAACCAGCUACAGGUUUUCUUAGGCCAGGGGUGGCGGCACACAACUUGAAUCCCAGCACUCAGGAGGCAGAGGAAGGUGGAAUUCCGGGCGAGCCUGGUCUACAGAGUGAGUUCCAGGCCAGCCAGGGCCACACAGAAACCCUGUCUUCAGGUAGUGCACAGGGUUGGGGCUGGAGAGAUGGUUCAGCAGGCCAUACCAGUGCGAGUGCCUCAGAAGCCAUGGAAAGACCCGGUGGCUCCGGGGAGUCAGCUGGCUUGACUAGCUGACACUGCUUCAGAGCACUCUGGGAACUUGUAUGCAGUCAGCACUGUGCAAGGUUCUGUUGCACUUAAUGUCCUUAGGAGAAAAGCAGGGCUCGGCUGUCCCUUUCACCAUGUUCCUCAGUUCCUCAUGGUGAGCGAGGGACCCUCAGGAGAGUGCCAUGUGUUUAUUGCUGGGGAAGCUCUUGGGGGUGCAUAGUCCUAGGUGCUGGGUGUUGGUUCUUACAUAGUCCUAGGUGCUGGGUGCUGGAAGAGCGCAGAUGCUCAGAUAGAAGUCUCCUGGGAUGCUGCUAGAGAUGUUACGGAGAGAGUCUCUGUGUGUGCCUGUACAUGCACGUGUGAGAGAGCAUGACCCGUGUGUGUGUGUGUGUGUGUCCGCUGUGUGGAGAUCAGGAUACCUCUGCAUUCAUUCCGUUCUCUUCUUCUCAUGGUUCCAGAGAGUGAACCAGGUUGCCAUUGUGCUGCAAGUUUCUUUACUCUCUGCACCAUCUUGCCAGCCUGGGAAAGUCAGCGUUCAUAGGAAUAUAUACUGAAUGCUGAGAUGUGUGCUUACAGCUCAUGUAGCCCUUUGGGGGCCGUGAGCCUAGCUUCUGUCUCCUACGCCCGUCUGCACUGUCUUGAGCUGUUGUACCUGUGGUAUAGGUGAGCAGGAGUCCGGGCAGCUAGCUGGCUGCAGUGAAUGCAGAUACUGGUGGCAAGGUGUCCCAUAUCCUGAGAGAUGCUCUCGACUUACCUGGUGGGCCUAUGUUGGGGUGGACUUUCAGUGCCCCUGACCUGGCUGGUGGAUCCAGGCCCUAGGAACCUUUGGGCAUAGAUUCUAAGUGCCUCUGGGAACUGUCUUCUAAUUUUCAAUACAGUCUCUUUAGAAAAUAAUUUGCAAGUGUUGAUACUUUGUUACAAAAAUAAAGUUUUAUUUCCGGGUCUAAAGCCCUCCAGUUCUGCAGAGCUGUUUUAUGUGAACCACCCCACCCAAGCAGCUGUGUGUCCCCUCAUCCUCAGCUCUCAGGCACGGGUCAGUGGGUCAUAGCUCAGUGUAGAACACUUGCAUGCAGGAGGCCCUAGGUUUAGUCUGCAGGAUUGCCACAGCGGGUAGGAGCCCCAGGGGCCUUUGAAACGAUGAGCUCAUAAGAGGAUAGGGCCGCCCUGAAGAUGUCAUGGUAUAUACCAUAAGUGGACUGUUUUCCCUACUGGAGUGGGGACAGUGACAGUGUAUGUCCUGGUUUAAGGAGUCAGACACUACUGGAGCAACAGGACUCCUUGGUGAAGGUCCACUUGGCACACUUGCUGGUGGGAGCCUGUGCUACCUGUGCGUCAACACACAGCCCUGUCUACAGAGGCCACACCCAUUGCUUACUGCUGAGCCUCAAGUCCACAAGGUGUUGAUUCUGAGUCCAGAGCACAUGUUACCAGGAGGCCUACCUGCUGGCUGAGUGUGUACACAGUCCUGUUGGGUGCUUUGUGGUGCCUUCCAGCCUGGAUGCACCGCCCAGCCGAGUUGCCAGGAACACCUGCCAGGCCUUAGUGAGCACACACACCUGUUUCCGGGUGUCCCUUUCAUAAGUUGCCCAAAGCCACUUAGCCUAGACAGCUGGGUUGGGCCUGGCCCAUCUCUCUUCCUCGGACAGUUUUCUCCACUCUGCCCUAAAAUGGUGUAUAUGUGUGGGGAGGAGCCCAGUCGGGGAGUGUCUCACUGCAAGCCAUGCUUGGCCUGAGUGGUAGGUGUUACUGUGUAUGUGUGUGUGUGUGUGUGUGUGUGUGUGUGUGUGUGUGUGUGUGUGUGU